GGAGUAGAAAUGAGGGCAAUGAAAUGGCUAACACCUAAAAGAUUGUGGCCGCCGACGGCCUUUAUUUGGUCGAUAAUGGUGUGGUAUGAACACUUGAGUCGAUGUGUCUGCUUAUUAGUGUGCCGAAAUCAUAGGUUUUGGGAAGCACUUAUUAAACGCCUCACCUCAUCAAGGGAUGUGAACUUUCUGGUUAUGGACUUGACAAAGCAUAUCCAUCAUUCAGGGUGGCAUACUACACAUAACGUGCUAUACAGAGGAGUAAAAGAAAUGGAUAAAAACCUGGAAACAUUGAUGAAAUUAAAGAAAAGAGUGCAUGUUAUUGUGGGCAGCAGGGACAAAACCAUUCCACCAGAUUUUAGGCACAACAUCAAGACCAAAUUCCCUGAUGUGGAGCUUCACAACAUCCCAAAUGCUGGCCACGGCUCUAUCAUCCUCACCAGAGAGACUGAUUUUGCUCACAAUUUGUUCCAUAUCUGGGAAAAUACUGCAUCUCACCACCACCAUAAUGCCCAUACCGAGGGUGAAUAAGAAAAUACUGCAUCUCACCACCACCAUCAUGCCCAUACUGAGGGUGAAUAAAAUAUUUAUUUUCAAGAAGCCCUCAAGGGGAACUUAUUUAUAGAAAUAAAACAUGGUUUUCACAAAAAAAUGUAAAGCUUAAUUGAACUACUUCAUGUUACUAUCUUUAUAACAUGGUAUCCAUCAAACUUAAAGUUCA